AUGCCCAUGCCCAUGUCUUACAUCGACACCAACGAUCUCGCCGUGCAAACCGCAAGCAUCGACAUCAGCAGCACCUCGUGGCUCACCAGCAGCACCCUCGUCAACAGCAUCAACAGCCUGAAAGAACUCUGUCUGGGGAACUGCCGUCUCUUGUACGGUAGUGAGCGUUUCAGAUUCUACGAUAUUGUGAUUUGCGAGGACGAAGCCAACAAGCGAUUCUGCGCACUGCUCACAUGUAAUAUGGAUGGUCAGACCAAGAUCCUGCGUGUGGAGACGGAUGCGUGUGCGGUUACGGCUGUGCAGAUGCUGGUGGGGAGAUUGCAGAGAGAUACUGCGAAGUUGUUUGCCAAGUACAACGUCGGCUCGCAAAUCGAAGGCCAGCAGGGUUCCACGGACAAGACAACGGGCACGUUCAAGCUCUGGGAUGGCCCGGGUGACAGAAGGAUUGCGGGCCCGGAUGAUGAUACUGCGGGCUUGCGUAGGGCGUGGAGUGCAAGGGGCGGUGCACAGCGGUAUAAUGGGAAUAAGCGGAGGGCUGUGGAGCAGGCGGGUAGGGAGAGGGAUGUUUUGUGUUAUGAUGAGGUGUUGUAG